AUGGACAGUCCCGAUGGUGACGGAGAUGGCAACCAGCUGGUCUGGACCAUCUUCAUGGCUUUCGUUGCUCUGCUCCAACAUCCCAAUUUCCCGUUCGUCUUCCUAUUCGUCUUUCGGUACUUGCGACUCAUCGUCCACAUUGUCUCGUUCUGGCUCUACAAGUCUUCCCCUGUCCUGCAAGGCAACUUUGGCAGCGAGAAACAAUGUACGGUAAUCAUCCCAACGGUGGACCCGCAAAACGCAGACUUUCACAAAUGCCUGCUCUCGAUCAUCGAGUGCGGGCCUCUUGAAAUCCAUAUUGUCACGGUAGGAAGACGUUUGAAGAAACUGACCAAGCAGAUGCUCAGACCCUUUCAGGCAGCAUAUCCCGGGAUCGGAUUCCUGGUUUCAUCGACGAAUGUAGCGGACAAGCGUCAACAGGUUGCACAUGCCGUACCACACGUCCGAACCCCGUUCACGUUCCUGGUUGACGACCAUGUGAUCUGGCCAUCUACAAACUUCCUGCGCACUGCCAUUGCUCCCUUUGAACACGACAUCCGAGUUGGCGGUGUAGGCACGAACAAGCGGGUCCGUCGAGAAACACAUAACGGGGUUUUCGGCUUCUUUCACGCAUUCUGGAACGUCAUGGGCGCACUUUACCUCGAGCGACACAAUUUCGAGAUCCGGGCGACCAACAGCAUCGACGGCGGCGUCUUUGUGAUUUCCGGAAGAACCUGUGCGUACCGCACCGCUAUCCUUCAAGACCCGGCCUUUUUGGCAGGAUAUACCAACGAGCGCUUCCUUUUCGGUCUUUUUGGGCCCCUGAACGCCGACGACGACAACUUCAUCACCCGCUGGCUCGUGACCAAUGGCUGGAAGAUCAAGAUCCAGUACUGCCAGGACGCCAUUAUCGAAACAUCAGUGGGCACGUUUCCGAAAUUCUUAUCCCAAUGUCUUCGAUGGUCGCGCACCACUUGGCGCAGCAACACUUGUUCGUUGCUCACUGACCGCACCAUCUACCGCGCUCAACCUUGGUGCGUGUAUGCGGUGUAUCUGACAUCGUUAGUCAACUUUGCCCUAUUCUACGACGCAGCACUGGUCUAUACAUUCAGUCGUACCGACUUCUACAGCUACAAGCCCCAGACGCUGAAGUGGCUUGGAGCCUGGAUUCUCGGCAGUAAGUUGGUCAAACUGGUUCCUUAUUUUCUUCGCCACCCUUUGGACCUUGUCUAUCUGCCUGGGUAUUUCGCCUUUGCUUACUUCCACGGCUUCAUCAAGCUUUAUGCUGGAUUGACCUUUUGGGUUACGGCCUGGGGAGGUCGCGAUUUGGACAAGGUAAAUGACGACCAAGGCGGCAGCAGCGAUGACAGUGACGAUGAUGAUGACGACUACAGAUCCAAUUCAACUACUCCCGUACCUCGCUCGCGCUCGCUGACUCCUGAUCCGUCUUGGGACUUGGACGAUAGUGGAAACCAAGCAGACCAAGGAGAUCCAUUGACAUCGUUAUUCUCACCCCAAUCGUCAAACGACUCGUCUUACUACACUGCUCGGAACAAGCGCUACGCAGCUGAAGCCAGAAAAGGUCCUAGUACUCCAGCAGGAAAAGCCACUGCGGUCCAGACUCCAUGGGGUCUCGUAACACCCGGAACCAACAAUCCCCGCCAUCUCACCCCCGUGAAUGUCCUCAUGACCCAACUCCCCGGUACGGAGUGGCCUCGCACCUGGGAAUACACAUCCCGUCAAAGCCACGGUGAGUACUAUGGACCGGCACGUCGGGAUUCCGAGACAAAUUCUUCCGUCAUCUACAUGGGCCAAGCGGAGAGACAGCUACAGAAUGAACUCGCAAUAGUCCCUUCGAUCGAAGUUGACGAUUACGUCGACUAUCAAAAUAACAACCGCCAGGUUCAACCUCAACAACUGCUCACUCCUCCCACAGUGACUCCGGCAGCGGCAACCCAGGGCCAGCGCCAGGCCAGCAGCAACAUCGACAUUGACGAUCUGGACCUCGAUGGUGACGGUGAUGUCUUUAUGGACAACAAUGCUGCACGCGACGCCGAAGGUGAUUUGCAAAUGUACGACCUCCGCAGUCGCAGCCGGACCCCUCAACCUCGCGAUAAGAGUGUCAGCAUCCUGAGUGAUAGUGAGUACUAUGGCUCCCCCGUUUCCACGGGCACUUUAUCCACAAAGUCCUCGCCCUCGCCGUCUUCUGGCACACCACCGGCUGAGCAAACUGCAAACAAAUACGAAUACUCUCGGACUUGGGUUAGAGGCUCUUCCGAAACGUGUGGUCGGCUCCAUUACGAUGGUGACAAUCUGGUUCGCAGACGAAAUCAUUGUGAUUUACAGGAUGAGCGCUUUACUUAUUGGACUUAG